CUGUUACAAGGCGACACUUCCUGCUUAAAAUGUGUGUUGCCGCCAAACUUUGAGCGGCAACAACAACAAAAAAAGGAAGCCAACAUUUUACCCGGCGCCGCUUUCACCUCCCAGUCUUAUCUUAGUCCUGCUAGAGACAUUUAAAUCCCAAUAUAACAUGUCUUUUACCACCAAAAGGCGUCGUUCGGAUCAAAUGAACGAUUCUAUGGAGAAGAGGAUAAAGCGGAUCUCAAUCGAGGGAAAUAUCGCUGCCGGUAAGUCGACAUUUGUCCGCCUUCUGGAUCAGGAGUGUUCGAACUGGGACGUAGUACCGGAACCUAUCGCCAGGUGGUGCAACGUGCAAACAAGCGGUGAUGACUUCGAGGAGCUGACAUCGUCCCAGAAGUGCGGUGGCAAUGUGCUGAAGAUGAUGUACGAUAAGCCCGAGAGGUGGGCGUACACCUUCCAGAGCUACGCCUGCAUCAGCCGCGUCCGCGCACAGAUGCGCUCGGCCAAUGGGAAGCUGCGCGAGGCGGAGGAUCCCGUGCAGUUUUUUGAGCGAUCCAUCUACAGCGACAGGUACAUUUUCGCGGCCAACCUGUACGAGAGCGAGUGUCUCAAUGAGACGGAGUGGUCCAUCUACCAGGACUGGCACGGUUGGCUGCACAGCCAGUUUGGCCAGCACAUCCAGCUGGAUGGAAUCAUCUACCUGAGAGCCCCACCUGAGAAAUGUCUCGAGCGUUUGCACCAGCGAGGCCGCGAGGAGGAGCAGGACAUCCCACUGGAGUAUCUGGAGAAGCUCCACUUCAAGCACGAGAGCUGGCUGCAGCACAAGACCAUGACGAUGGACUUUGAGUACCUUAACGACGUGCCGGUUCUGACGCUGGACGUGAGCGAAGAGUUCAAAGGCGACGAUAACAAGAGUGCCGACAUGCUGGAGAAGGUGAAAGAGUUCCUGACCACCUUAUGAGGACCACUAAGACAGGAACAAAGCACUAUUUUGCAUUUUAACAAUGAAAUUACCUUGUUUUAUUUUUUUUUAUUUCUUAUUGAAAUGACAUGUUUGAUGUUUUUAGCAUUUGCUCCUCUGUAUAUAUUUUAAAAGCGAUGCUGUGUGUGUGUGUGACAAAAUGAAAUAAAUUUAAAUGACAACAA